AUGGCCCGUACCAAGCAAACUGCCCGUAAGUCGACCGGUGGCAAGGCGCCCCGGAAGAUGGCCUCCAAGUCGGCAAAGAAGAGCGCCCUGGCCGGCGGCGUGAAGAAGCCGCACAGGUUCAGGCCCGGCACCGUGGCCCUCCGCGAGAUCAGGAAGUACCAGAAGUCGACCGACCUCCUCAUCCGAAAGGCUCCCUUCCAGCGCCUCGUGAGAGAGCUCGCCCAGGAUUUCAAGACUGAUCUGAGGUUCCAGGCUUCCGCCGUCGCUGCUCUUCAAGAGGCCGGUGAGGCUUACCUUGUGGGUCUGUUCGAGGACACCAACCUCUGCGCCAUUCACGCCAAGAGGGUCACGAUCAUGCCCAAAGACAUCCAGCUCGCACGCAGGAUCCGUGGUGAGCGCGCCUAA